GCUCACUUGUUUAUCGGUUUUCGCCAGUUUCUAUCCGUGGAGAGUCUGAGCGCCGGUGGGCGAGUCGGGGUGUGUCUGCACGCUUUAGGAAGCGUACGCCUAAAACAAGGGACACAUUAUACCACCACCAGUGGAGAUAAAAUGCGGGACUAUGAAAAACUGACACGUCUUGUAUAGUAGCUAGAUCUGACACUUGUUAUCUUCGAAAAACAAAACAAAACAAAAAACCAAAAACCAAACUGCUAGAAAUAAUGAAGAAACACCAGAGCCCCGCCAAGGUACCGGUGGAAGUCACCGUGCCAGAUAACGAAGCUACUGUGCAACAACUCAACGAGCUAUUGUCAAACGGUAGCGGUUUCUACAGUUUACCAGCACAACAUUUCAACGAAGUGUUUCCGAGGAUUUACGUCGGAAAUGCGUUUGUGGCCCAGAACGUGAUGCGUCUGCAGCGGCUCGGUGUGACACACAUUCUCAACACAGCCGAAGGGAACUCCUUCAUGCAUGUCAACACCAAUGCCGAGUUCUAUGCCGGAACCGGGAUUACAUACCACGGCAUAAAGGCCAAUGACACUGAACAGUUUAACCUCAGUGCCUUCUUCGAGGAAGGUGCCGACUUCAUUGAUAAGGCUCUGGCACACGCCAAUGGAAAGGGAAAAGUGUACGUUCACUGCCGAGAAGGCUACAGCCGCUCCCCAACUAUGGUCAUCGCUUACCUCAUGCUCCGCCAUAAGAUGGAUGUACGGGUGGCGACGGCCACGGUCAGGCAAAAGAGAGAAAUCGGCCCCAACGAUGGAUUCCUGCGCCAGCUGUGCCAGCUUAAUGAGAAGCUGGCCAAGGAGGGCAAGCUGAAGACCAAAUGAGCUCCAACUUCCUCUUGCCCUCCUGAGACUCCAGAGUUCUGGAUGGGGCAAAGAUUUUACCAGGCCAGUGCCCUGUCAGUCAGACACACACACACACACACACACACACACACACACACACACACACACACACAGGCACAGAGUACAUGUAUCCUUAUAGCAACUUCCGAAUUGUGCCGAAUGACCUGCUCUCAUGGAGAUGGGUUAAAGGCAGAAAGGGUGUUCAGUAAUUUAAUCUAUAACCUCUCACUUUUUCAAUUUCAUUACCAUUUGCAACAGUAAUAAGCUGUUUCCAUUCCAUCUUCAACUUUUUUGACCUGUUACAGUACUUGGCCUGAAGCAUUCGUAAUACCACCUGUUUGUAUGGCUUAUGUUGCCAUGUUUUGGAGCUCUUCAGCCAAGUCAACUUAGGAGAGUGUAGACUAGAGCACAUUCAUUUCACAGUCUCCCACUGCCGAGAAUUCCACAAUUAUUGAUCCCAUUCCUAUUUCUAUGGAAUUUAAUGUUUAGACACUCGACAUUCAGUGAAAAAAAGCACCAGAAUGACAUUUUACUCUGUUGGAUCAAUGAUCUUGUUUUUAGAAUGCCAGAUACAGGUACUACCCAUAUACGGAAACUCUAAAAGCUGGUAUUUCCAUUAGUGCUCAAGCAGUUUGGACUAUUGACAGGGUACCCUAUUUUGCAUUAUGCUUGUAUUUUAAAAUAUUAAAACUCAUACAUUCUUACAAAACAUGCUAUAUCAGCAAAGAAGAAAAUUAUUCAUUUAUUAAAGGUGAUAUAAAAUGGUAGGGUGAUGUUCUGUGCUCUUCAGAGUAUGACUCAAUUUUAAAGAAAGUGUAAGAACUUGCCACCCAUUUACUGAAGCUAUAUUUUAGCUAAACCCACAUAUCUGUACUUGCAUUGUUCAUACAGCAUCUCUUGAAAGGAAUCAGGUUGGUUUUAUGCAGCAGUGUGCUAAUUCUAGGCCCCAUUAGACUUCUCAGGCUUCUCAGUUAGUUUUUUUGUACAAUCACACUGCUUUGACACACCAGUUACUCACUGCCAAUCUCAUGCUCAUGUAAUACCUGAAGCUUUUAUCUGUAUCCGUGUAUGUGUGUGUUUUGCUUAAGUAAGUAAGGACCCAUUUCUGGAAGUUGCUGCAGUACCAGAAUAAUGCCCAUCCUUGAUAUGUGUCUGACCCUACAACACUCUAGGUAAAAGCUGGGGACUCUGCUGUAUGGUACUUUGACAUGACUCAUGUCAGUAUGUAAGAGAAUUAUUUCAAACUGACCUCAUUAUUGGUUCUCAAACUGCCCUAAUAGCCCUGAUGUGGAAGAGGAUGAGCUAAAAUUGGCUUUCUUCAGGUUAUCAGCACUAAUGGGAACUGUAAAAGAGCUCUGAUUAGUCUCUCUGUAUGAUUCCAUUUCGACAGAGUGCACAAAAGACAGAUCUGUGCUUGGUUAGUUCAUCUCACUUCUUACAUUUGAACUGAUUACUAGAGCCCCAAGGCUUUCCAUGUAUUUUCUAAUAGUUGAGAGUAUGCCCAAAUACCACUUAGAAACCACUCGAAAACUAGACCACAUUAAACCAUAGAACAAUAUUUAUUCCCAUUACUCCAAUUUCUAUAUUUAUAUGCUAACAGAAAUAUAUACAUGUAUAUACAUAUUUAGGUGUUGACAUAUAUGAAUGUAUUAUAAACUGUAUAGGUAUUGCAAGUACAGUAUAUAUUAACAAAUAUCUAACUUAUUGUAGCCAAGAUUCACAUCAUGUUAACAUGUAUAAACUAAAAUUAAAUAAUUUUGUGAUUAUUAGGACCAUCUAGACCAUUUAAUAUUAAUAAUUUAUAUUUUCAUAAAACAUUUUAUUUUAUUUUAUUUUAAAGAUUGUUUUUAUUUUCCCCACUUAUACUAGAAUCAUUGUAUUUGAGAGGGCCAAUGUCUGUCUUGCCAGCUAGCAUUGUCACAGGCUUCUCUGUGCUUUUAAUUUGUCCAUAAUAAUAUCUGUCCUAACAGUAUCUAUCUUUGAAAAAGCAUAUUUAUUAAAAUCAUACAAACUGUAAACAUUCCUAUAUUGUAAUCUGGAGACCUAGGCUUUAUAAAACCUAACCUACUGUAGUAAUUUAAACCUGUGUGCCCAUAAAAGAAGCAUACAGUGACCUGACAAGAACUUUGUGUGCCACGCUGACUAAUCAAUUAUGAUUAUGAAAAUGUUUUACCUUCAAAUUUCCCUCUUUAAUGUACCUUGAAAAUAUAGAACUCCCCAAUACUUUCCCUUGACACAACUUGAAACUUUAAUUUUUUAAAGAAAAAAAGAAGACAAUGAGGAACAAGUAUUUAAAAAAAAUUUUUUUUUUUAAAGAAGAUUCCCUCUUUAUUGGAAUCUAAUUGUAAAGGUGUGCUCUCUUAGAAAAUUAUUUAUCAACGAAAGAAACACUGCCACCUGCUGUUGGUAAACCCCUUUGGUUUGUACAAAAUGCCCUUCUACAAUAGUAUUUAUUAAUAUAAAACUGUAUUUUAAAAUGUGUGAAGCUGGUAAUGGUCUACUGUAUGGCGUAAUGAUGUCAAUAGCACUAGAACAGUGAUUGUAAUGCUGCUUGAUCAUUUUGUAUCGAUGUCCCAUUAUCAAAAUGUUGUAGUGUUGAAGGAUGCCAUGAAAUCACCUCCUGAGAUGAUCUGUAUGAACUAAACUACCAAUGUUAUGCUAUGUCUAAAGAGCUUACUUGAUUGUCUGAUUUGUGUUCUACUCUGAUCUUGGCUGAUAUGAUACAUGUUUGAUACAUUGACAUAUUUGCUCAGCACAAAUGUGGAGAAUUCUGUUGAGUAUUUUGUCUGUGCUUUUGCAUCUUUUUAGAAAUGGUCUUGCCCCAUGAACUUAUAGAUACAUACAUGCACGGAGUUGCAUGCGUGGACGCACAUGCACACAAACUCACACACACACAC